GCAUUUGUGGGCAUUGUGGCUGCGUAUUCAAAAAGGCAGCUUGUUAUCACAUAAGUGCAUUAAAUAGAACAGAUCAUGGGCAAGAAGAAGGUGGGACUUGGAGGAUCUCGGAAGAAAUCAAGGAAGGAGAAACGGAAAGAACAGAGAACACUUAAAAAGGUGAAGAAGAAUGAGCAUUACUUUAAGAGAUUUAAGAAGGAAGCACCAAAGCAUCCAUUCACGAUUCCGAAGGAACCUAAGGACGAUCCUCUUGUCGGUCUGAGUGAAAAAACUGAGCCACAAGCCAAACAGCUCGAGCCAGAUGAUGAGCCAGUGAAGAAACCACGGCGCCAGGAGAAAACUUUGGUUGAGAAAAUUCGUGAAGCCAGAGAAAAAAGUGGUGUUCUGGCUGAGAAAAGGAAGGGAGCUGAAAAGCGAGCUAGGAAUGCACAGCUUCGAGAGGCAAAUAAGGCAGAAGAAAGACAAAUUAAGCACCUGGCAACAUUAAUGAAAAUGAACAAGAGGCGAAAGAAAGGAAAGACGCCAUCACUCCCGAAAACAUUUGUUUCCGAUGGUCUGGACUAUCUUCUGGACGUCACUGAUCCGGAGAAGCUCAAGGACCUGAAGCUUCAGGAGCCCACUUUUGAAGACGACGAGGACGAUUUCGAGGAAGAUCUGGCCAUGGUGACAGAUGCGGCACGUGGCCAAGCUGCUGAAGUAGAAGAAGAUCAGCCAGAUAGCGCCUCAGGCGGUGAAGGCCAGGCUGAGUCCGAAGAAGGUGCUGAACAGUCGUUUAGUGACGAUGCCGGUAGAGAUGAUGGCACGGCUGAUGGAGAAGGAGGUCUGGAUAGUGACGCAGAGGGAAUGGACGGCUUCGUUCGAGACAGCGGUUCUGAUUCAGACGAACCGGACACAGUUGCUGCUGAUGCCACUAUCGCUGACUCAGAAGACAAUAGUUGUGAGGAUGGUGAUGAUGAUGAUGGUGAAGAUGAGGAAAUUGAUGAGGAGGGCUCUGGUGACGAAGAAGCCAUUACCGAGGGUUCGUCCGAUGAAAGUGAGGGAGAAUUUGCUGAUGAGGUUGAUGAAGGUGCUUCCGAAACAGAUUCCGUCACCGCUGGAAAGAAAAGUGGAUCUUUAAAAAGGCCCGCGAAUGAACGGAAACGAAAACUGAUCGAAGAUGUAGGAGAAGAGGACCUCGCGCUGAAUGAGACGAAGAAGUCAAAGAAGAAAAAGCGGAAAAAUGAAAAUCAGGACACGGACAAUGACGGAGUAUGGGAAGACAUAUACGGAAGGUUGCGUGGCAAGGACGGUUCAGUUUUGACCGGAACCGGCUCGUCGGGGGCCGUCCCGUCCGACGCCGGCGACGUGUACGCCGGCCACAGCCGCCACGACACCAGCCAGGCGCUGACGCAGCUAGUGCACGAGGCGUGCGUGUCGCCGGCGGCGGCGCGGCCCGACCGCCUGCUCAUGGAGCACGUCAUGCUGGUGGCAGCCCUGCAUGCCAACGUCGGCACCGAGGUCGGUGCUCACUUCCUGCUGAAGACGGCUCAGCAGUUCCACAAGCUGCUGAUGUCGGAGGACCGUGACGACGAAAGCAAGGAGCUGGACAACCUGGUGAUACUGCUCGCCCAUCUGUACACGUUCAGGGUCACCGACAGCGGCGUCAUCUACGACGUGCUGAAGAUCCUGGCCGACCGCUUCUCGGCCAAGGACGUGGACCUUAUCCUGACAGUGCUACGCAGCGUGGGCUUCACCAUGCGCAAGGACGACCCGGCCGCGCUGAAGGAGCUCAUCCUGCAGCUUCAGGCGCGGGCGGCCGCUGACGCCGGGACCGCCGCCGCCGACGGCAGUCGGAUUCGUUUUCUGCUGGACAUCGUCAUGGCUCUGCGCAACAACAACAUCAACAAGAUACCGCAGUAUGACCCGGGUCUCGGCCAGGAGCUGAACAAGCUGCUCAAGACGUUGGUGAACCCCAACCAGACCAUCACUGAAUUAAAUAUCUCGCUGGAGGAUCUGCUCAAAGCCGAGGAGCGCGGCAAGUGGUGGGUGGUGGGCUCGGCCUGGAGCGGCUCCCUGAAGGAGCGCCAGCAGCCGGCUGCCGGGGAGGAGGAGGCGGCGGCGGACGGCGCGCGGCCGAGGCUGCCCGCCGCCGGCCAGCAGUACUCGGCCGAGCUGCUGGAGCUGGCGCGCCGCCAGCGCAUGAACACCGACCUGCGGCGCCACGUCUUCUGCGCCCUCAUGACGGCGGAGGACUACCUCGACUGCUUCGAGAAGCUGAUGCGGCUGGGCCUGCGCGGCCCGCAGCAGGAGCAAGAGAUGGCCACGGUCGUGUUGGGCUGCGCGCUGCGCGAGCGCACCUUCAACCCCUACUACAGCCACCUGCUGGAGCGGCUGUGCGCCGCCGAUCGCAAGUACCAGAUGCGAGUCAAAAUAGCGGUCUGGGAGCAUCUGAAGCAGCUGGCUAGCUUAGGCUCAGGUCCAGCCAGCAACUUGGCCAAAAUUCUAGCUCAUCUGAUCUCAACGACCCAGCUAAGCAUCGCGGUACUCAAGGUGGUGGAGUUCUCCGAGAUGUCGAAGCCGAUGGUGCGCUUCCUGCGUCAGCUGCUGCUGGCGCUGCUGCUGCAGUCCGAGGACGAGCGGGCUGUACGCUCGCUCUUCCAGCGCGCGGCCGGCGCGCCGCUCAAGCACAUGCGCGACAGCCUGGUGCUCUUCCUGCACCACUUCGUGCUGCGCAACAAACAGAAGCUGGCCGACGCGGACACGGUGGCGACGCUGGAGGAGCGUGCGCGCGCCGCCGUCGCCGCGCUGAAGGCGGCGGACGGCGUACUGAGGCUAUGAGACCGACUGAGGCCGCCGGCGGCGGCUGACAGCCCCGUGCCGUUUAGGGCUGUCGCUCCGGCCAGUGCAUCUGUGAUAGGGGCUGGCCCUGGCUGAGUGUCCACGUUGCAGCGGCAUUGGUGUCACUGCGUCAACGACUGGUGUCCUCAGGUCGUUGCUUAUUUAUACAUUUGAGUACAGCGGAAGUUGUUUUUUCGAGCCUGUUCGAAGCGUCAAAAUGGGACCGAGCAAUGAUUGAGGUUGACACGUCCUGUCGCCAGUUCCGUAUGCACAAGGACUGACUUCUGCUGAGCUCCGGCAGGCCAGAGGAGAGUGGCAGGUCAAUGGUUACAUCCCUCAAGUCUGUUGUGAAAGGAAUAAUUGUAAUGCCACCUGAUGUUCAGGGCAAGCCGGUUUGAAAGAACGUCAAGAUGCGAAGUUUCAGGAUCGGCUCUUCGAUGUGAGGUACUGUAUUUGAGAGUAGA